AUGGCGCAGUGGGGACAGGGUCAGCAGGGGUUUCAAUACCCCAUGCAGACUGGUUUCCAGCAGCCUAAUCAACAAUUCCAACAAAACCAACAAUUUCAGCCUCAAAACCCACAAUUUCAACCCCAAAAUCCCACUUUCCAACAGCAGGGCCCACAGUUCCAGCAAGGCGGUCUGGGGAUCCCCAAUGGCGGACCUCUACUUUCUCAGCCUACGGGGUUCCAAGCACAGAGGCAGCCUGGCUUCCAACAACCACAGCAGACUGGCUUUCAAGGAGGAUCUGGGUUUCUGCAGUCACAGCCUACGGGGUUCCCUGGAGGCAAUUUCCAGCAGCAGAAUCGGCCAGCACCUCCUCCUGUUCCUCCAAUUCCAUCUCGGUUUCAACAACCUGGUCAACAACCUAGCUUUUUGAAUAUGCCUCCACCGCAACCAAGCCGCCUCAUGAAUGCGUCACCCGGCUUCGGGGGCGGAGGGUUGUUGCCGCAGCAGACAGGCUUUCCAGGCAAUUCUCCAGCACCGCUGGUUCCUCAAAUGACAGGAUUUGUCGACCCGAGGCUGCAGAUGAUGUCGCAGACGUUCAUGCCUAUGAACACGUCGGCUCCAUUCGGAGCAGGAGGUGUCCCUCAGCUUCCUCCGCAGCAGCAAAACCUUGUCCAGUCCAUCCAGCAGCAUAAUGAAGCCCAACGUGGUUCAUCAGGUCAACAAUUACCAUGGGCUUUGACCAAGGCCGAGAAGAAGAAUUACGACAAGAUCUUCAGGUCGUGGGAUGCUCAGGGUACUGGGUUUAUCAGUGGAGCGACUGCUUUGGACGUCUUUGGAGCAAGUGGUUUGCCUAAGGAUGAUCUUGCUCGUAUUUGGACACUCGCCGAUAUCAACGAUCGUGGAAAGCUCAACAUUGCAGAGUUCCAUGUAGCUAUGGGUUUGAUCUAUCGAAGACUCAAUGGAAUGCCAGUUCCUGAUCAGUUACCUCAGGAGCUUGUUCCGCCAUCUGUCGCAGACCUUGAUAGCACAGUUGACCGCGUCAAGGAGCUGCUUGCUAACGACACACGGUCUGGAUCAGGCAACAAACAUUCUUUCACCAGCAAGCCACCUACGACCGAGGGCCGUCGCGACGCUGCAAACUACAAACAUUCGGAUACAGAACCCAUCGGCGGAUACUACAAACCGGCCAAUCGCCAUGUUAAUCGAUCAGCUGUUCGUUCUCGUGAAGACGAGGAUAGCCCAUCUGCAGAUUUGUCGGAUAUGAAACGCCAGCUGGAGAGCACCGCGCACAUGCUGGACCGUGCCGCGGAGGAAAGCGCGAACAGGACCAGGGAGGACGAGGAACUUGACCAGGAGAUGGAAGAUCUGAAGUAUCGCGUGAAGAGGGUCAAAGACGAUUUGGACUAUGUCGCUCGGGGUCCAAAGACUGCCGCGAAGGAGGAAGAACGACGUCGUCUGGAACGAGAUCUACUCUCUCUUCUACACGAGCGCAUUCCCGAGGUCGAGCGCAAGAUCAAGGCGCGCGAUGAAAGAAAAGAAAGGGAAAAGCGACAAUGGGCACGUGACCGAGAUAGGGCGAAUGAUAGGUUCGGAAGAUACGAUAGGUAUAGGGAUGAUGAUUAUUCUUCGAGGAGGGAUGACGACCGGGAUCGUGAUAGGCCAUAUUCAAGAGGCGAUACCCUUGACAGACCGUACUCAAGAGGGGGUGACAGGCCAUACUCCAGGGGUGGCGAUGAUCGUGAUAGACCGUACUCUCGAGGUGCUGAUGACCGCGACAGACCAUAUUCUCGCGGCGGCGACGACCGCGAUAGACCAUAUUCGCGUGGUGCCGACGACCGCGACAGGCCUUAUUCACGCGGCGCGUACGACGACAGAGGAGGGUCUUACCGCGACGGAGAUCGUUCUCGAGACGACAGGGACAGGAGAGAUGGAGCUUACGACCGUGCUCCCGCUGCUCGUUCACCGCCUCCUGUUCCAGCUGCUGCUCCAGCAUCAGCUAUCCGAGAUCCUCCUGCUGCCCCUGCGCCCCCGAAGUCCACUCCCUCUCCAUCUGUCAAGAAUAUGACGGCGGCUGAGCGUCAAGCAUUUGCUAAGGCCGAAGCUCAGCGUCGUAUUCAAGCCAGAAUGGCAGCGCUAGGCGUGACUGUGCCUUCUAGCUCUACGGAUGUAGAUACCUCGGUAGAGGACAGACUGCAGCAAGAGAAAAAGGAAGCGGAAGAAAAGGCUCGAGCUGCCGAAUUGCAAGCAGAGGAAAGAGAACGGGCAAGGAAGGAGCGACUGGCCAAUGAAAAGGCAUUGCAAGAAGAGAAAGCAGCACCUCCACCUCAGCCUCCAGCGCCCACACCUACAUCUACAUACACGGCGCCGCCUCCCGCACCUGCGCCAAAGGCUGCCCCAACCCCCAAAGUUGCACCGCCUCCUCCCAAACCUCGUGUGGCGCCUGCUCCUCCUGUGCGUAAGGGUGCCGCUCCUCGUCCACCCGUUGCAGCGGCGGCGCCAGUGGCACCUCCAGCACCUGCUCCUCCUAAAGAACCAGAGGUUGACCCUGAAGAAGAAGAAUGGCGCGCUCGGGAAGCUAAACUUCGCAAGCAGAAAGAGGAGAGGUUGGCCAGAAUGAGGCAGCUUGAGCAGGAAGAGGAGGAGGCCGCGCGACUUGAGCAAGAACGGGCUGCAAGGGUGGAAGCUAUGAAAGCUCGUGCAGCUAAGCCGCCUACUCCACCACCCGCUGCCCCGGUAGCACCUCCUGCUCCUCCUGCACCCCCCGCCCCAACGCGUGUGGAAGCAGACCGAAAGCCUGCACCUCCACCUAACUUCUCCACACCCGCCGUUUCUCCCGGAAACAAAUCUUCUACGAACCCGUUCAGUAAGAUGCUCGACAAAGAAAGCACGUCUUCGCCUGUUUCUCCUCCAACGGCUAACGGUAAUGGAAACACCAGCCCCAACCCCUGGGCGAAUAUUGCGCCGGUGUCUACUCCUCCAUCCUUUACCCCUGUUCGUGCUUCUUCAAUUCCUCCUCCUUCAAAGAGCCCUGCGCCGUCUUCUGCCAAGACGAGCUACCAGACUGCGCCUUCUACAACGGACGACGACUGGGACGAUAUCAAAGAAAAGGACGACGACGAUGAUAGUAGUGACGACGAAAUUACGCGUUCCAGAAGUGUACGCACCAACAUAGCUCAACAGCUCUUUGGGGGGAUGCUUCCCAGGCCAACAUCGGCUGCAGCUUCUGCACCUACUUCCUCCCCUUCUACUCCUGCUCCUGGUGGCGCGGAUUCAGGUUUCGGUGGACCUCCUCCUCCUCCACCACCACCAGGUCCUCCCCCUCCUCCUGCAGUAAAGGCUGCGCCUGUUGUUGUGGCGUCUGGCCCAGCUGACGUUAACGCGUUAUUGCUUUCUAUUCAAGGAGGAAAGAAAUUGCGAGCAACGAAGACAGUUGACAGAAGCGCACCUCCGGUGUCGGGGAGAGUGUUAGGCGACACCGCGCCUCCUGCACACAUCAACAACGCUCCCCGACCUGCGUCUCCUCCCGCACCUUCACCGCCGCCCGCGCAGGAAUAUAUCCCACCAGAGACGACGCCGAUGAGCCAUGAUGACGGAAACCGCUCGUCCAACCGACAGUCUGUGGCGUGGCUUGCGGACCGUGCGGCUGAUGUUGGCAGUAUACCGGAAGAUAUCCAUAGGCUGCCGUCGACUGCUGAGGAGGAAGAGGAAGUUUAUGUUCCGCCAGCCCCUGCUCCAGCUGAAACUUCCAUCCCUAAGAUCAUGGUCGAUGAGCCGACACCCGAACCAAUGUCUGAUCUUAUGGCUGAUAUUGACAAGUCUACUCAACUCAAAGUGCGGUCAUUGUAUGCGUUUGAGGGCGAUGGUCCUGAAGAUCUCUCCUUCGGAGAAAAUCUUAUCAUUAAUGCCAACCCCUCGAAGAGUGGUGGAGAUUGGUGGUAUGGCUCCGUUGUGAGCACUGGAAAGUCGGGUCUUUUCCCCAAGACCUACGUUGAAGUCGUGAAACCAAAAAAAGCCAAGGCUAUAUAUUCGUACACCGGCAACAACGCAGACGAACUUCCCAUCAGCGAAGGCGAGACGCUGUCUAUCAUAGAUACAUCUGAAGAGGAGUGGUGGAAAACAGAACGAGACGGAGUGGUCUUCAUUGUUCCUGCUGCAUAUCUGGAGCUUGUCGAGGACCGUGAAGUCAAUGUCAAACCGAGCCUUGCCGUGAACUCAGUCCCACAAGUGGGAAACGUUCCCACCACCGAAAGUACUGCUAACCAAUCCAACAGUACGUAUGAUCGUGCCGAAAGCGAUUCAGAUGACUCGGACUCGGAUUCGGAUUCGGAUUCGGACUAUCUGUCAUUUGAUGAAAGCGACAAUGAAGAAACCGCAACAGCGACAACCAAAGAUAAAGAGGCACGAGAACGCGAGCGACAGCUUGUCCUGGAAGCCGCCGGCCUCAUUGUGAAUCGCGAUGUUGGCCCACCACCUGUGCGUAACAGAAGUGUCAAGCGUCGGCCAGCACCUGCAGCACCCAAACGCUCGCCAUCUUUCUACAAGGAUCUGCCUGCGCUUCCACAGUCUGAGCCUGAGCCUGACGUCGAACCCAUUUCACACGAAGCUAGGUUAGACGACGCGUUUGCUCGAUAUGAGCAGUUCAAGAAUGCACAGGGGAAUCUCAAUCGACUGUCGGUGGUGUCGACGGACUCUGGGACCAAUCUGCCAUCGUCGCCUGCCACCACAGUAUCCUCGAUGUCGCCCGCGCAGGGUCAGCGGGAAAGCGAAGGUCGGUAUUCACAUUUCCUGCAUUUUUUGACAGGAAGCAAGUCGUCAUCGACGGAAGGCGAGCGGCGGAGCGCAAGCACGUUGAAUAUUUCAGCUCCGAUCAUGAAUGUUUCGACCAGCCAAGGGACGCCGCAGGAUGGGCCGUCCAGAUCGAACAGCCCUUCCUUUGGGAUGCUCCUGGAUCUUGACGGCUCGUUGUUAUAUCAGUCAUGGGCGAGUCUUGUCGAUAAAGAUGCGUUAGAUGGAAUACCCCCCAGCGAGAGAAAACGACAAGAGGCCUUCGUCAGCUCACUUGAAGAACGGCAAAAAGACUGUCGGUUGUAUGUCGACAAGAUAGGUGAUAUUCUACUCAGCCAUGUACCCAACAUGGGUGUUUAUAUGGAGUACUGCGUCAAUCAGUCAACGGCGAUCAAAGUUCUACAAUCUCUGCGCGACUCCAAUCCCGAGCUUGCGUCUCAUUUACAGAUUCUUCAUUAUACCGAAGUCGGAGAAGAGCACGAUGGGAUUGCUGUCGCUCGCGAUAUGACCGAAAAGCUUCUUGACCAUAUUAACGAAGCUAUCCGCGACCAAGAAGGAUAUGAAACUCUAAAAAAGAUCUCUCAAAACCUUUGGAUUGGACAAGGGCGACUUGAUCUCACAGCUCCCACACGGUUUAUGGGUCCCCGACGGCUCCUUAGACAAGGGGUGCUCAUCAAAGCGAAGAGUGGGAAGAAGUUGCAUGGAUUCUUGUGCAGCGAUAUUCUUGUCCUUCUGGACGAGUCCAUGAAGAACCUGUAUCGAAUGCCCAUUCCAUUGGCCCAUGCUCAAGUAAAGGAGGGUGGAAAAGGCAUGUGUUACCCCUCACAAGAGACAUUCAAUGGAUGCAGGAAAUUGGCUAUGCGACGAGACGCGCUCGACACGCUGAAGACAGAGCCGCGCGAAGAAUCGGCCGCCGAUGAUCAUGCCGCCCAGGCCCAGGUUACUCUUCCUUCUUUUUCCAUGCUUCGCUUAUUGGUGUAA